AUAAAAAAAUGAUAAACUUGAAUAAGGCCGUCUCCUCCGCCUCACCAUUGUUUGUUCCGCCCAUAUUUCCGCCAUCAGAUUCAUAUAAAUAACCUCCAUCAAAUCAAUCCUUACUUUUCUCCUCAUUCUUCUUUCACCACUGAUUCUUUCAAAAUGGUUAUUUCCCCCCUUCUUUGGCACAAUUACAAUUACUGAGAAUCGAAAAAUCAGAUUCAAUCGCGUCACGAUCCGCAGCAAUGCUACUGCAGAAGCAGAUUCAUCGUUUUUGCCAAAUGGAAUCAGCUAGCGCCCCCAUACGUUACUUAACUCCGUCGCCCUACCGCGAGGGCUCAUUCCGAUUUCUUUAGCGUUACCAUCCCACACCUCUCCAUUCAUCCGCAUUUCUUAAAUCUCCAUGCCGAUAAGAAAUGUCGAUCCCGAUUCGCGGGCGCUCCAUCGCCCGUAAUUUCCUGCUGCAUUGUUUUUUCCUGGGAUCGGAUCCGGAUCAUUCUAAAUUCUGCAUUAUCUCCAUUUUAUGGAUACUUACUGUUUCUUCUGAAUAUUCUUAUUGGUGGUUGUUGGUAUCGGCCACCCUGCUGAGUGUUGAUCACAGGAAUGGGCUCAGGUACGGGCUUGCGAACGGGCUCUGGAUUGGGAUCUCCGCGCCCAAUCCACACCGGAACUGGGAAUGGGAAUGUGGAAACCCUAGGUAUUUCGCCCUCACUGAGUUCUGCUCGUCUCAUCGAGGCUGGUUACCGAGAGUCCGGUUUUGUUGAGCGAUGCACCAAGAGUCGAUAUGCUCGGUAUGAUGAAGUUUUAGGCAAGGGUGCAUUCAAGACUGUAUACAAGGCUUUUGACCAACUUGAUGGAAUAGAAGUAGCGUGGAACCGAGUGAAAAUAACUGACAUGCUGCAGUCACCUGAAGAUAUGGAAAAAUUAUACUCUGAGGUUCAUCUUCUUCGGAACAUGAAACAUGUCAACAUUAUAAAGUUAUAUGAUGCGUGGAUUGAUGACAAGAAGAAGACUAUUAACAUGAUCACUGAGCUCUUCACAUCUGGGAGCCUGAGGCAAUACCGGAAGAGGCACAGAAGUGUUAACAUGAAGGCUAUCAAGAAUUGGGCAAGGCAGAUUCUCCGAGGCCUAGACUACCUUCACAGCCAAAACCCACCUGUUAUUCAUAGGGAUUUGAAAUGUGACAAUAUAUUUGUCAAUGGAAACCAAGGAGAAGUUAAGAUAGGAGAUCUUGGUCUGGCAACCAUCAUGCAACAGCCAACAGCUAAAAGUGUAAUUGGAACACCGGAGUUUAUGGCUCCAGAGCUGUAUGAAGAAGAAUAUAACGAACUAGUCGACAUAUAUUCCUUUGGAAUGUGCUUGUUGGAAAUGGUCAGUAUGGAGUAUCCUUACUCCGAGUGUAGGAAUCCAGCUCAAAUAUAUAAGAAGGUCACAUCUGGCAUCUUACCUGCUGCUCUCGGAAGAGUGGCAUCUCCAGAGGUGAAAGAAUUUAUCCAAAGAUGCCUGGUUCCGGCUCCUCAGAGGUUGUCUGCUAAGGAACUGCUCAAAGAUCCAUUCCUUCAAGUUGAGCUAUCUGGAGAAUCCAUUCGUGAUCCUUUGACUGUACCUGAUGUGAUCCCCAGAUCUGUCACUUCAUUGAACUACGGACCUCAAGUUAUGGAUAUAGACCCUGAAUAUAACCAGUUUGUAUCUGCAGAGUACAAUUUCGGGACGCCUCCUACCUCGGUGGUGGAAUUUAAACGGACUCAUCAUAACAAUGAGUUCAGAUUGAGGGGAAACAAGAUCAAUGAAAACUCAAUCUCACUUACCUUGCGAAUUGCUGAUAAGGGAGGCCGAGUCAGAAACAUACACUUCCAAUUCUACCUUGACGCCGACACUGCCCUUGCUGUUGCAGCUGAAAUGGUUGAACAGCUAGAUUUAGCCGAUCAUGAUGUAUCUUUCAUUGCGGAGUUCAUUGAUUACUUGAUAUCGAGGAUCUUGCCGGACUGGAAACCUUCUUCAGAUUACUCUGCCAGCCGCGAUAAAUUUGGUAGUGGCCUAACCUUUGUGUCAGACUUAUGGGAGGGUGAACCAACGAGCAAGCAAGGGAAUUCCUCCUACUUUCAGAUUGAUCGUCAGAAUUUUUUCCCAGCUCGCAAUUUGCACAAACAGGCAAAUUCAGUGUCCAGCAAUCAUGGAGGAAGCAAAUUAUCACAGGGAUCAGCAAAUUCUGGGACCAUUGGAGACUAUUCCUCAUUGAAGAAUCAAACGUCGAAGGGAUCUUUUGGGUCAGCCUCUGACAUGGAGUUCAGAGAUCACCACUCUGGCGAGAGUCGAAUGAACGGGAUGGGAAUUGGAUGGCCAUCGAUGGACCGUUUGACCGAACACUCAGACUCCAGUUACCCUGAUCAGAAAGUUUCUAAAACCGGGAGCUUUACAAGCUGUUAUUCGACACUGAAUUUGAGCGACAGAGACCCUGAUUUUGAUCUCAAGUCAGAACUCGAUGCAAUCGAGGCACAGUAUCAGCAUUGGCUUCAAGAACUCCCUAAGAUGAAGCAAGAGGCAAUAGAGGCCGCCAAGAGUCGAUGGAUGGUGAAAAAGAAAGAUGUUCAUUGAUAGAGCUUGCUUCAACUCCAACAAAAAUAACGAGUUUGUUUUCUUGUUUUGAUUCCGUAUUGGGUCGUCGUCAUGUGUAUUUUGAAACAUCCUUGAUUGGAUGUGGCCUGCUUCCUUGUGCGGAUUUUUUUACCCCUUCAACCCCUCUAGUUUUUCAAGGAGGGGUGAAGACUGAUUAUACAAGUUUUUAUUUGAACCUGUAUAAAGAUGUUUCAUAGUUUUUUCUUUGCCUGUUUA